AUGAAUGAGAUGAUUGAAGAAAUGGUUGACAAUGUCUACCAGUAUCCCAGCGGAACUAAGGUAGAAGCUGGAGGGAGGAAAAACCCCAAUAACUUUCACUUGUUCCGUAAAUGGGGGUUCACGAUCUACCGCACUUAUCACGGCAAUAAUGAAGCUUGGGAAAUGCUUCUGUACUCUCUCAGACACCAGAUGAAAUUAGCCUUCGGCGCCUACGACAAGGGAGCGAUCACCGAGUAUGACGUAGACCCAGACGACAUCCAAUGGCUGAAGGACUUGUUUCAUCUUGAGGCCCGCGAGGAUCCUUCGCUCGAAGGACUUGACGUUCGAAGGCUCCGGGAGUUCUGCAGAGCUGAACGGUCCAAAGAAAAACAUAUCAUCGAGACACCACACAGAAGAACUUUCAAGACUACAAGACCCAGAGAGACUCAAGGAAUGGCAGAUUGGGAGUUUGAUUACGUUCUUUUUGCCGAUGAGGCAGUCUUGAGGGAUGUUGCCAGAGGCGAAUUCAUCGUCAAAGCUGUGUCGCUCAAAUGGAAGGACGGUAAAUUCGACUCGACGUGGGGCUGGAUGAGAAUUCCUACGGGUUACCUGCUAGAGUUAUGGCAUCACCUGAUGCUCAAUGACCUCCGCACUGAACAUGCCUUGAGUUUCGACGGAGAUGAGGAAGAGCUUGAAAAUCUUAUCUGGGCUGGAGACGCUUCCACCGACUGUACUGGCGAUUACUCUGAGGUUCGCCCCGGACGGCAUCACUACGACAACCAAAGUCCGAGAUGCCUCUCGUGA